AUGAACGACGGCGCGUCGACGGAGCGUGCCUUCGAGGCGGAGCCCCUGCCGACGCUGUCGGAGACGAUCACCGUGCGGUCCAUCGCGGUGAGCCUCGUCCUCGGGACGGUCGUCAGCGUCGUCGCCAUGAAGCUGAACCUCACCUCGGAGUUCCUCCCGUCGCUCAGCAUCCCCGCCGGCCUCCUGGGGUUCUUCGUCGCCAGGGCUUGGAUACGUGUCAACGACGUCUUUGGCGUGCCGCACCUCCCCUUCACCCGCCAGGAGAACACCGUCAUCCAGACGUGCGUCGUCGCCUGCUCCGGCAUCGCGUACAGUGGAUUUGGCACUUACAUUCUUGGGAUGAGCCGGAAAUGGGACAACGGACAUGUUGGGAGCGACCAGAAGAACGUUGAAGAGCCCAAUAUCGGGCGGCUCAUGGCCUUCCUCUUCCUCAUCAACUUUGCCGGCCUGUUCAUGAUCGUGCCGCUGAGGGAGCUGAUGAUCAUCCGGCAUCGGCUAACGUACCCGAGUGGCACCGCUACGGCUCACCUCAUCAACAGCUUCCACACUCCUCAUGUCGCCAGGCAAGUUAGGCAGCAGGUGUUCACGCUGUUCAAAUCAUUGGGAGCCACCGUCCUGUGGCCUCUUUUCCAGUGGUUCUUCGCCGGCGGGAAGGACUGCGGCUUCCAAGUCUUCCCAACAUUCGGCAUGACCGCAUAUCGCCGGGGGUUCUACUUCGACUUCUCGACGACCAACGUCGGCGUCGGCAUGCUCUGCCCGCCGAUGAUCACUGUCUCGAUGCUCGCCGGCUCGAUCCUCUCGUGGGGCAUCCUGUGGCCGUGCAUUGAGACCAAGGAGGGGCAGUGGUACCCGGAGAACCUGGAACCCAGCAGUCUCAGCGGCAUCACGGGCUACAAGGUGCUCAUCGGCGUGUCCAUGAUCCUCGCCGACAGCCUCUUCACCUUCAUCACGGCGCUGGUCCGGACCCUCUACCUUCUGUUGAAGCGGCGGUCCCGUGUGCAGACGGCGACGCUCGCCGGCCCGCCGCCGGGCCGGUGCCUGUGCGCCACCGAGCGGACCAUGAAGAGCUUCGACGACCGGCGGCGGACGCAGGUGUUCCUCCGGGACAUGAUCCCCGGCGGCGUCGCCGUCGCGGCCUACGCCGCCCUGGCCGCUGUCUCCACCGCCGGCGUCCCGCGCCUGUACCCGCAGCUAAGGUACCACCACGUCGCGCUCGCGUACCUCGUCACUCCGGCUCUCGCCUUCUGCAACGCGUACGGCGCCGGCAUCACGGACAUGAACCUGUCGACCACCUACGGCAAGGUCGCCCUGCUGGUGGUCGGCUCGUGCGUCGGCGCCGAGCGCGGCGGCGUCGUGGCGGGGCUCGUCGCGUGCGGGAUCGUCGCCGCCGCCGUCUCCGGCGCAUCAGAGCUCGCGCAGGACCUCAAGACGGGGUAUCUGACACUGACCUCGCCCCGCGUCGUGCUGGUGGGCCAGGUCGUCGGCACGGCGCUCGGGUGCGUGGUGAACCCGGUCGUCUUCUGGGUGUUCUACAGGGUGUACGACAUGGGCGUCCUGGACCUGGACGACGCCGACGCGCCCUACGCCGAGGUGUACCGGGGCAUCGUCGUGCUCAGCGCCGGCAGCCGGCACGGGCUGCCGCGGCACAGCCUUCUCCUGUGCGGGCUCUUCUUCGCGCUGGCGCUGGCGCUGAGCGCGGCGCGGGAGGCUGCCGAGCGGAGGCGGUGGCGCGCCCUGGCCUACAUCCCGAGCACCGUCGGCGUGGCCGUGGCGUUCUUCGCGCCACCCAAAAUGCCCGUCGGCAUGGCCGUGGGGAGCCUGGCGCUGUGCCUGUGAAAGCGCGCCGACCGCAGUGGCGCGCGGAUGCUGUCGGCGGCGGUGGCGUCGGGGCUCAUAUGCGGGGACGGCCUCGGGUCGACGGUGCCGUCCAUGCUCACGUUCUUCAAGGCGCAGGCACCGAUCUGCAUCAAGUUCUUCUCCCAACCUGUGAACGCCGAGUUGGAUGCUUACCUCGCAGCACAUCCCAUGUCGAAGUCGUAA